GGCAAACACCACAUACCUGGUGCUUCUAACCAGUUCCCCAAUUCACUUCUCCUUACCUCCCAGGAUAGUUCAACGGGGAAUUUGUUGGAUUCACCUUCAGAGUAUUUAUUAAACUCCUUUCCCAGCGAACCUCGACUUUUGCAAACUUGAAACAACUCCUCAAGCGUUGAACGUAUCACCUCUAGUACUUUUACUGCGUCAAACAAAUCACAACAGCAAACAUGGCCAACACCGUUCAUGUGAACAACAUUGCUGCGCAGACUACCGAAAAGGAAGUCAGGGAUUUCUUUAGCUUUUGCGGAAAGAUCAGCUCUCUCUCCGUGACGCCCACCUCUGAUGGUCAUGGAAGCCCUCAGUCCGCCACUGUAACCUUUGAAAAGGAAACUGCUGCCAAGACCGCUCUUCUACUUGACAACACUCAGCUUGGCCCAUCUGCCGUAUCAGUCUCCAGUGCCGCUAGUCUUGAAGAGCUCGCCGGAGAGAAAGACGAGGGUGGCUUGGGCGGCGACGACAAUGAUAUCCCACAAGAAGACAAGCCCCGCUCUCGCAUCGUAGCCGAGUACCUUGCGCAUGGAUACGCACUGAGCGACGCUGCGAUUGAGCGCGCCAUUGCUCUGGACCAGAAGCACGGCAUCUCGAGCCGCUUCACUCAAGCCCUCACCAACUUUGACAGCAAGUACCACGCCACCGACAAGGCCAAGGGGCUGGACACCAGCUACGGCAUCUCCGAAAAGGCCAACGCCGGCUGGAAGAGCCUGGGCCAGUACUUUGAGAAGGCGCUUGGCACCCCCACCGGCCAGCGUGUCCGUGCAUUCUAUACCCAGGGUGACAAGCAAGUGCGCGACAUCCAUGCCGAAGCUCGCCGUCUCGCCGAUCUCAAGAGUGGCAAGUCCACGACGUCUGAGCAACAGACUGCCACUGGACCGAGUGCGGACGUUGCUGCUCAAUCGAACGUGGCGCCUCUCGGAGAAAACGUUGCUAGCGAGAAGUCUUCUUAAAGGAGCGUGCCGAGUGUUGGUCAUUUUAUGCUUAUCGUUA